UAAUUUUUUUUUUGCACUAUUUUCUGGACAGGUAAACGAAGCCUAAAGUGUAAUUUACAGGAUGCCUCCGAUGAAGAUUCAACCACUCGAUUCUCAAGCGUACAACGAGUCCUUGAUCCGGAACACCGAUGCGGCCAAACCGGUGUUGAAAUCGCGGCUCAAGAGGCUCUUCGACCGGCAGUUCCCGAGCGUGCUGCGUAAUAAUUCCUCGGCGGCGACGGCGGCCGAGUUCGAGCCGAGCUCCGUGUGCCUGGCCAAAAUGGUGCAGAAUUUCAUCGAGGAGAGUCAGGAUAGCAAAUCGGCCGCGAAAUGCGGCCGGAACCGCUGCAACUGCUUCAACGGCAACAUCAACGACAGCUCCGACGAUGAAUUUGACGUCUCCAGUGGUUUUAACGAGUCCGGCACGUCCCCUUCAGCUGUUGAUUCUUUGGAAAUGCUCAAGAGUUUGAUUCCGUGUGCGAGUGUUGACGAGAGACAUCUCUUAGCGGAGACGUCGAAGAUCGUCGAAAAGAACAAAAUCUGCGAGAAAAAGGAUCUGAGGAAAAUCGUAACCGACGGCCUGUUGCUUCUUGGCUACGAUGCUUCCAUUUGCAAAUCGCGUUGGGAAAAAUCCCCCGGCCCCUCGUUUCCUGCCGGGGAAUAUGAGUACAUAGACGUGAUUGCAGAAGCGGAGAGAGUUAUAAUCGACGUCGAUUUCAGAUCAGAGUUCGGGAUAGCCCGACCGACCGGAGGAUACAAACUGAUUCUCCAAUCGCUACCGUUGAUUUUCGUCGGCAGGUCUGAUCGUCUCCAACAGAUUGUUUCGAUCGCGUCGGAAGCGGCGAAUCAGAGCCUGAAGAAGAAGGGGAUGCACGUUCCGCCGUGGAGGAAGGUUGAGUACAUGAGAGCCAAAUGGCUCUCUUCUCACACCAGAACCGCCGCCGCCGCGGCUCCACAAAAUGACGUCGUGGACGAGGCUGAAAAAAUUGAAUUAGUUAGGGCUGAGAGCGAAGGCGGAGAGUUGGAAUUGAUCUUCGGGGAGAAGACGGCGGCAGCAGAAGUGAAUUCCGCCGAAACAGAAGCGGAGGCGACGGGGGACGGAGGGUUGUUUCCGGCGAUGGCGUGCCCGUGGAAGCCGCCGGCGGUGAAACCGAAGAGAUGCGAGAGAGGAGGAGCCAAGGUGGUUACCGGAUUAGCUUCUCUCCUCCGGGAAAAACCCUAACAAAUUUUGGAUUUUUUGUUUCAGUUUUUUUUUUUUAAUAAUUCAGAGAAACAUAUGAAAAUAUAUAUAGAGAGAGGAGAAACUAUAUACUCCUAUAACCAGAGUUUCGGAUAAUCGAGAAAUCUAUUAAAAUCCCCUGCUUCGUUUUUUUUUGGCAAGAGGGUAUAUCAUGUAAUAUGUGAAUCAAUGGCGAUAUCGCGCUUGUAAUAAAUUAGUUUAAAUUUAGCAGACU